AUGUCAUUACCAGCGGUGAAAAAGUUGAAGACGGAAGUUCGUCGGCCUGACGGUAUGCAGCGAGAACUCUACUCUUUGUUGGGUGAAAACACUCCCCCUGUUAUGGUUGUGCCAGAUCAUUACAAGGGUAAACCGAACUGGAGGCAGAAAGCGACACCUUGGAAUUGGUGUCCAUUCACAAACAGGGCCCGCGAUGACUCGCUUGUGCUCAAGCACUGGGUCCGUGGCCAGCCAGACACAGACGAAAUCUACCGUUUUGCAAAGUUCAAUGUCAAAAUCAAUGUUCCAGAGUGGUCCGAUGAGGAUUACCAACUUUUCAAACGAGAUGAAUGGACUAUCGAAGAGACACGCUACCUCUUCGACCUUUGCCGUGAAUUCGACUUGAGGUGGCUUGUAAUUCACGAUCGAUACGACUAUCAAUCAGUCCUGGAUCGUAGAAGCAGUGUUGAUUCAUCAGUUGAGGCUGGAGCUGAAAAAAGUGACGCGCCUGACGAUCAAAUACAAAAUGUUUCUCAGCUGCGAACCAUUGAGGAUUUAAAGUCUCGUUAUUAUGAGGUUUGCAGCGCUUUGCUUAGGAAGAGUUCUUAUCUGUCGCCUAACGAUGAGGAGUUACUCGAACAGAUGAACUUUUCUAAAGAGAAUGAGGUCAAGAGAAAAGCUCAUCUAGAGAGACUGAUGUCGCGGUCACCAAACCAAGUUGCUGAGGAAGAGGCGCUCGUUCUUGAAUGUCGACGUCUGGAAGCUCUCGCUGAUCAGAUGGCCCAUGAGAGAGCGGAAAUAAUCUCCCUUCUGGAUACCCCUGCUGCAACUGGCAGCAUCGCCCAAUACCAGUCAAGCCAAGGUGUUACUUCUCUCCAUCAGCAGUUAUUGGCCGAAAAAAGCCGUAAACCGAAAGAACAUGUGAACAUUGUGAAUGCGCAGAGCGGCCCAGCAUUCAAGAAAGGGCAUGUGGAUGAGGCUAAAUCUGGUCUAGCGGCACAGAUCAUUCAAAAGCGUCUCAGUACAAAGGAAGAAGCAGCAUACGGUAUCACAUACCAUGAGAAAUUCGCUCCUGGCGUUUAUCUCCGGUCCGCUAAGUUGACUACGUUGAAACAGAACCAGGCAUCCCGAGCUCAAAGCGUAUUCAAUGAGCUCAGUAUACCUAUGCGCCCAAUAAUGCCCACCGCUAAAGUUGCCGCGAAAUUUGACACGCUUUUACAGUCUAUUUCCCUUCUUCUAGAUGCUAAGCGAGCGCUUGACAAAAUCGAGGCUGAGCUUAGGGUCUCGAAAGAGGUGAAAGCAAAUUCGGGAUCUUAA